CAUAAUUUAUAAAAUCAUGCCAACAAUUAUAAGGCUAUUUUAAAAGCUUAGUAUUCUAUGCAAAAAGGUAUAUAUAAAGGCUUAAGGCUUCCCUACAAGCUAUUGUAGGCCCAAUUUAAUAUGCCACUUAAUUUCAUACAAUAUACUGUAUGCAGUAGGAGUCCCUGUGCUAUCUCUCUUUCAGUUAAGGGGUCCUUGGCUUAAAAACUGUUGAAGACCCCUGUUCUAGAUGAUUGGAUGGUAAAAUGACUCGAUGAAAGCUAAAUUGGAUUGAAAACAUCUUGGGUAGAAAACACUGAUAAAGUUACAGCAUGAAGAGCAGCUGAGAGGAUGAAAGCUCCACCCCGUUACUAUGAGACUGCUAAGUGGCUUAAGCAUUCUCCAUCCCUAUAUUAUCUGAAUGAGUCAACAACAAGUACAUCAGAUAAGGCCAGCAGGUGAGACGAGUCGUACAAAACACCCAUUGAUUUAUAGAAGCGUUAAGCCCAAUGGAUGUGCAACACAGAGGUUUUCUGUUCUGGACGUCAGGAAGCUGCUGGAGAAAGUAGUCAACACACCGUAAAACACACCUCAAUCAGAGCAUCUCGGCCACCAUAAUGUCAUCAAUGCUCAUGUCAAACCUCACACAGGAUUGGGUGGAGAGUAUGCAGAGGUGGCACCUCGAAUUUUUUUUCAUCCCCACCACAGUCCUCACUCUGGCAACCUUGCUCGCCAACCCCGUUCUGCUGACGUGCAUUAUACUGUCCCGUGCCUUGCGUCAGGAGACACGUUACCUGCUAGUGGCCAACACCCUGACAGCAGACAUGCUCUUCCUGGUCCUCAACCUGGCCACAGCCAUCUGUAACGCUGCAAGAGCUCAAGUACCCUGGCUUAUUUGUGAGCUGGUCACAGCCGUCACUGUCACCACCUACUGCUGUGCCAUCCUCACCGUCACCCUGAUGGUGGUUGACACCUACGCUGCGGUUCGCUGGCCUCUCCAUUACCAUGACAUUCUUCCACCUGCCCGCACCCACCGCAUACUGGUGGGGGUUUGGGUGCUCGCAGCCAUUUACCCUUUCACCCUUAUGAUCAUAAUGGAGAUGGAUCGAGGAAAUCCCCGUGAAAAGGUGGCUGUGUGUCUGGUGCUCCUCUCCCUGGGCUUCAUUCAGGUCAAUAACGUGAUGGGGAUCUACAUCUACUUCUUUGUAGCUGCACUCAUCUGUGCUAUACUCAUUUUUUUCUGCUACAUUCGGCUCUACAUGGUAACAAGGACCCAGGGCAUCUGGCAGAGCCGCUUCUCCAGGGCCCGGGUCACGCUGCUGGCUCAUGGGGUUCUUCUCCUGCUCUACUUUGUCCCCGGCUUUGUUUUCACCCUGGAGCUCUUCAUGUUUCAGAGGAACGAAAUAAGUCAGGAUGUUCGCGUGUGGGUCAGCUCAGUCAAUAUGGGUGUUUUCAUGUUGCUGCCCAGGGUGUUUGCUCCGUACCUGUAUGGACUGAGGUACAGGGAGAUCUCUGAUACUCUAAUGCAGUUUCUGCACCAGCACAGGACACUCAGCCAGAUUACUGUUUCAUGAAGACACUUACGAACUGGCAAUUUUUCAAAUUUCUCAAAUGCCCUCUGAUAAACAAGCAUGUAACUGCAAGAGCAGUAGCCAGAAUGAGUCUAAAUUCCCAAGAUUUUGUUUUUUUGACUUUUUCCAAAUUAUUCAUUUUAAUACUAUUCAUUUAAGAUACGGGUAUAUUGUUUGUUGGUGAAUAUUCUCUAAAUGCUGUUUCAAAACACUCCCCACAAUGCCAAGAAUGUAAUUCUGGUAGAGACACACUAAAAUCCCUUCAUUGUAUCUUAUUUCUUGGCCUAUAGCAUUCAAAUUUAAGAAUAAGGACUCUAAAUUUGUGUUUGAAUUUAGAACAUAAACUCCUCAGCUCGUUAAAACCCCCAAAUUCCCAAAAACAAUACUGAGGACAUGUCCUCUGUGUUCUCAAUGGUAGCUAUAGCCCAGGUUGCUGCCAUGUCCAUGUUUUCCGUUGCUUCAUUGCUUUGUCAGUCUAGUCUUUUCUAGUUCUUUUUCUAUAUACACGUAUUAUGUACGUAUCAGGUUUGUGUUUUUAAUAAUAAAAAGAGUUUUUUUUUUUUUACUGCUGUGUGGAUCAACAUGAAACUAGGCAGAACUCCCUUACUUUCCAAGUUUAUGUCUCAUUGUUGAGGCGUCUUUAAUCCCUUUUCUUUUUUAUAAAUUGUACAACCAAAGUGUGGCUCAUCAUUAUGUAACGUAAAAGCCAUGAAGAACCUGACAAUAAGCCUCACAGUUUUAUAACCAUACUGUAGUAACGAUGCACUUAACUCCAUUUACCCUCAUGGCUGUUUGUCUAAAAUUGGUUGUCCAAGAAGAUCAUUAACGAAUGGCUGACUGACUCGGCAACUUAAUGCACUAGAGUAGAGAAAAGAGCACCUUCCCUCAUUUACUGUAGGAAGGUCGGGUGCUGAUGGGUAGUAAUGAGUCAGACACCCUAGCUGCUGGGACUUAUCUCGGUCUCAGCUGUGUGUCAUAUGUAACCGGUACAAGAACUCAACAGCAGAGGGACACAUUUGUCUGUACACUGAGCUCUGCACUGCUCUUUCCUGCAACAAAUGUAAGUGUGUUUGCUUAGUAUCAAGCUACUGGGCCUUGCUCCCUCCACAUAUCCUCUAAACAUCUGCUCUUGGUGCUCACUGUCAUCCUUUCUACAUCUGUCCGUGGAUCAGAUCAGCACCAAAAUCACAUGUGCUAUAUACUAUCAGUUUCCAUGGCACUGCAAUCACACAGCUCUAAUAAUAGGCUACAACUAGUCUGAUUCUUUUCUGUAUUGACUGAUUUGCUUGUUAUUCAUGGACAUGUUUGCUCUUUGCAGUGAUACUUACCCUUCUUAUCUUCCUGGUAGACUUUCUCCGAUUACAAGGUUUUGUUCUGAACUCGUACAGCAGGUGCCUGCAUUGUAUAGUAUUCUCACCUGCUCUGAGCUGUGCCCAUUUCAUGAAGUGUGUGUGUGUUUACAUUUUGAAGUGCCAUAGUCAGCAACUUUCGCUGACAGAAGUAUACUGUGUAAAGGUUAAAAUUCAUUUUACAGUGUAAACCAAGUCAUUGAUAACAUCGUGGACACUUUCAGGGAACUCAGUUGGGAGCUCUCAGAAAUAUUUUGCAACAGGGUAAGGAAGUUGAGACAUCCUUUGUUCCAACUGAGCUCCUCCUUCCUCUUCACCUGAAAACAAAUGUAGCAUGCUGCAUUUUAUCCUGUUCACGUGGCAACAGGAUCAUAUUACAGAUCGUUUUUUGUUAGGCACACGCACGUAUAGGCUACAUAUUCUUAUUUGCCAAAGUUCUAUGUCGAUGUAACUACGUAAAUACCUAGACGUCAAUGGUAAAACGUAGGGCUGGCAUUUUAUUUAAUAACGUCUGCCUAAACAAUUUACGGUUAAUAUUUUGGUAGUAACUGUCCUCUACACGUUCAUACAAGUAUUGCAUAAAACUGUUAUUGUUUUGCGUGUAUUGCUCAACCGCUGUCAUUUUUUGUUGUGAACUUUUUUUCUCCGCGAAAAGUUGCGUUUGUUUGCAAACAAAGAAAAGCCACGUGUAGAACGAAAGGCUCACGGGAAAUGCAGUUUCUCUUAGAGCAAAAA